CAACUAUUACCUCUCAUCAUUUUCCCAUAACAACAAUCCCCAAAACCUUCAAUCUCACCAAAAACAUUAAGUCAUAGCGGGUGAAAUAUUCUGAAGGAAAGUGUUUUUGACAUAUGGCAUACCUGUAGCUUUUAAGAAUUUCCUACCGUUUUCGCUUAUGUUGAUAGGGGAGUGACUUGGUACUAUGCUCAAUUUGACCAACUAUUAGUAGAUAAAAUGAUUUCGUUCCACUUCUGAAUCCCAGAUAAUUCCAUUAGGGGUCAGUCAAGCACACUGAGAUUUAAGGUCAUUUCUCCAAAUUGCUCUCUAUUUCUAAGUUCAUAACCUUCGCGCACCAAAUAAAAGACCUAUUCAAGAAGACCCUCUAGUUUUCCAAAAAAGAUCAAUUAAAAUCCUCGAAUUAUUUCUGCUAGACCAAUAUAUUUUCCUAAAAAUCGUGAUAAAAAAAGUAUUUUCCGCUAGAUUUCCGACAAUGGAAACUGAGGUUCAAUCAAAUUUCACUUACAUGGGAAGAACAUUCAGUGGUCUCAGUAUCAACGACUCUUCAUCAGCUUUUAGCGAUUGCAACAGCGAUAGAUCCGGCGAGUUUCCGACGACUUCUUCUCAAAGCCGACGGUUACUAUUAGCAUGUGCAUCAGAUAACUCUGACGAAUUAAUCAAACAACUCGUCUCCGAUCUCGAAUCAAACUCAAUCGAUGUGCAAAAACAAGCAGCAAUGGAGCUAAGACUCUUAGCUAAGAACAAGUCAGAAAAUCGCUUAAAAAUCGCUCGAUUCGGUGCGAUUAAACCGUUGAUUUCGCUUAUAAAUUCAUCUGAUCUUCACCUUCAAGAGUAUGGCGUUACGGCAAUUCUCAAUCUCUCACUCUGUGAUGAAAACAAAAGCAUUAUCGCAGAAUCAGGAGCAAUAAAACCGCUAAUUCGAGCUUUGAAAAUGGGAAAUUCGACUACGAAAGAGAAUUCAGCUUGUGCUUUGCUUCGAUUAUCGCAAAUCGAAGAGAAUAAAAUAGCAAUCGGGCGAUCUGGAGCAAUACCUCCUUUAAUAAACCUUCUGGAAACAGGCAAUUUCCGUGGAAAAAAGGACGCAUCAACGGCGUUAUUCUGCUUAUGUACUGUAAAGGAGAACAAAGUUAGAGCAGUUCAAGCAGGUGUGAUGAAGCCGUUAGUUGAGCUAAUGGCGGAUUUCAGUUCAAACAUGGUGGAUAAAUCCGCGUCUGUGAUGAGUGUUCUGAUUUCUUCGAUGGCGGAAGCAAGGGCGGCGGUGGUUGAGGAAGGAGGAAUUCCGGUAUUGGUGGAGAUCGUGGAGGUGGGCACGCAGAGGCAGAAGGAAAUUGCGGUUGCGAUAUUGUUGCAGCUGUGUGAAGAUAGUGUUAGUUAUCGGACUAUGGUGGCUAGAGAAGGGGCUAUUCCUCCAUUGGUUGCUUUGUCACAGUCUGGUACAAGUCGCGCCAAACAAAAGGCAGAGACACUUAUUGCUCUUCUAAGGCAGCCAAGAUCCGGUAACGCCGCUACAGCCAGAGGUUCUGAUGUGUCGUUUUGAUUGUCACCACAUGUUUUUGUCCCUCUUUUGUUUGUUUCUUUGUUUUGUCUGUAUUAUAGCUACUCAAACGCUACUCAAGAGAACCACAAAAAGAUGGUUAAAUAGAAGAAAAAAUGAGUCAAAAACUGUAAAUAUCUAGUAAGCUUUGUAAAGUUUGGUUGUUUUUCUGGAUGUGACUUUUGGGUGUUUUUUAAUACCUCGAUA